UUUUAUGUAUUUUUCAAUUUAUUUAGCAUUUAAAAAGUCUGUUAUGAGAGUUCAUCCUCUUGGCUCGGCUGAUGAUCCGGCAGCGCCAACAGUCAACCGGUGGCUCCGCGGUUGCCGACGGGCCGUGAACGCAGCAGCAUCCAGGGGCGGGUAGGCGCUAACCGAGCAGUAUGGCGGACGAUGGAGACAGUUCGAGCGGACCAGUUGACACAAGCGGCGGGCAGGGGGCAGCGGAGGAGUCGGACGGGCUCGGCCUCGGCGCGAUGUUGCUGAAUAUCAGUAUUCUGAUGGUGGUGGUGGCCGUCUGUCUGGCGGUGUACCGGCGGUGGGGCAGGCGGCUCGGCUCCGACGCGGCCCAGGGCGACGAGGCCUCGGCGCUUCCCAAGAUGAGGAGACGGGACUUCACUCUGGAGCAGCUGCGGGAGUACGACGGGCUGGAGAACCCCCGCAUCCUCAUGGCCGUCAACAUGAAAGUUUUCGACGUGACCAGCGGCAAAAAGUUUUACGGUAAAGACGGUCCUUACGGCAUCUUCGCGGGCCGGGACGCCUCCAGAGGUUUGGCCACCUUCUGCCUGGAGAAAGACGCCCUGAGGGACGAGUACGACGACCUGUCGGACCUCAACGCUGUGCAGAUGGAGAGCGUCCGGGAGUGGGAGAUGCAGUUCAUGGAAAAAUACGAUUACGUCGGGAGGUUGCUGAAGCCCGGAGACGAGCCGUCGGAGUACACAGACGAGGAGGACAUCAAGGACCACCUGAAGCACGACUGAGCGGUUCCAUCUUCACCGACCAAAGCCAGGAGCCCCAAACAGCUGCGACGGACCUCCUCCUCCUGCCCCAACCGACCCACCUGCCGCCCCCCCUCCCUUUACCUGCCCCAACUCCCACCUUCCUCCCUCCCCCCCCUUCAUCAUCCCACCGACGACGACAAAGACGGCGAGGAGCUUCUUUCAACAACAAAAACAAAACAACAACAACAAAACAACCCCACGGCGUGCGGGGCGGCGGUCGAGGGCUCGUGCCAUUUAAAAAUAUUUGAAGUCCGGGCGGGGGAGGGGAAAGCGUGGUCGCCGCAGAGUCGCCGCUGGGUGGUCGGAGGCAGUCGGAGAAACAUUGGUCUGAGAGGAUCAGCGGGAUCGGGACGGGGAGGCAGAUCUUUCUUUGUUUUUUUUUAUUACUAUCUUCGGUUUGGUCACAUCGAACUGCUUCAGCUUCGGACAGCUUAUCAGUCAAUCAUUUCUGUUUCUUGUUCAAAUCAUUCUCCAAACACACCCCCCCAGCAACCUUGUGCAGAGGGCAGCCUGAACCAAAGGCCACCAGGCAGGCGGGGCAUCUUCCUGUUGUGUUCGUAGUGUAUGCACUACUAGUUCUCUUCGUUUGUCACCAUGUGAUUGUAUUUGUUGAGUAGCAUAGCGGGCGUUUUGGGCGGGCGGGGAGUUUGUUUCGUUUCUUUUGAUUUUUUUUUUUUUUUUGAACGGGUGGGUCAGAGGUCCUCGCCACAUGAAUUUUUUGAAUCACAUCAGACGGACUGAAUCACUGAUCGGGAAUACAAAGGGAAAGGUGAUAAAAGGCAGUCCUAAUCAAUCGACUUCAAUUGUUUACAUGCCUCACAAGCCAGCUGCAAGUCUGUAGAUUCCCCUGAAAAAUGGUCCAAGUAUUAAUUGUGCCUUAUUUUGUUCGUUGCAUCAGUCCUGAACCGGUCUAACAAAGGAGGAGGAGGAGGCGAGCGGAGGGACGUCGGUUUGUUCUCCUCGACUUUAAAAAAAGAAAAGAAAAGAAAAGAAGGCAUACGUUGUGUCAGUCGUCCACGCACAGACUGUAAGAUCCCCCCACUUCACAAACUCUGUACAUAGACCGUAUGAAUUACUCAGUGUUACUGCCAUAUUUAUGUAGUUGAUGAACUCCAUAUAUGCUAUGUCGUAUUGGCCAAAACCCCCAUUGUUUGUGUUUUUGUUUUUCUUUUCCUUUCAGUUCUCUUUUUAAAUGUGGGUGAAUUUCCAAAAAAAUAAAAAUAAACUAGAGCAAAGUGCUGCAGGGCGGGACCGGGAGCUGUUCUUGCGGAAUCUUUUUUUUUGUUUGUUUUGUUUGUUUGUUUGUUUGUUUGUUUUGUUUUUUUCGGAGACGUUGCUUAUCCUGUAAAUAUAUCUAUCAUUUUAUUAAAGCAUGUGCAACAACGACGUGAGCUGAUGCUGAAUCUCCCACCACAUCGUGUAUUUAAAUGUUGGGUGUGUGUGUGCGUGUCUGCGUGGCCGAGGCAGGGAAGGGAUUUGUUCAUGCAUAAUAAAUCGAUUUGGUUAAUAAUUGAA